UUGAAACGGGCGAUUGUUUACAAAACUGGAUAAUAAUUAGGCGACCAGUGAAUUGUGUGCCGUUUUUUUAGUCUUGGAUCAUGGCACUUCUCCCCAGAACAUUUGAAAAUAAAACUUUUAACUACAUUGACAAUCGUUUACGAGGGCGACCCUCAGUCGUGUCGUUUGAACAGCUGAAUUUUGGAAAUUCAUCCGUUCGUGAAUUGGCACCCUAUGCCCUCAAGAUCCGCCAAACAGCUGUUGUUCCUACCCAGCAAUUUUUCAAGUAUGCCGCAGUUGUGUCUAGCCUUGGAGACACUGACCUAGCAUGCAUAAUCUUUGACAUAAUAGAUGCUGGGCAAGUAAUUGCCUAUGCUGGACAUUUUAUUGUCAAGAAAGACUUUGUCUUUGAUCCCAUUACCCGGGAACCUGUUGUGUCAGUAUCAUUGUUGAGCAUAGAUCAAAAUCAUGAUUACUUGUCGCUUUUUGGUACUGCAAAUAGCAACCUCCUAUCAUUUCCUGACUACUUUCUCGAUGGGAGUGACAAGGAAUACCAAGAACUUUUGUUAAAAACUCAAGAAAUAUUCAUGAGAGUGUUUCAAGUGCAACAACAGAAUCAAAUUGUGUCUAUGCCUCAACCCAGCAAUCAGGUGAUAUAUUUGUUAAGAGAACCUCUUACCACCAGUAUUUACAUCGAAACAGCUUUGCCUAUUACAAAAAAGAGCCUUGAUAGAAUAACUGUGAAAAUUCAGGCAAUGGGAACCGUGAAAUCUAGCUAUGGUGAACUUGGCUCUUUCGAAUCUAAAAUUUUUUCCUCUGUUCACUGCCCACUCAAAGUCUUCGAAGAUGCUAACGAUAGCUACAAUGCUGUCGAUGACGUCGAUGGUCGCACAACUUACUACUGUGCCUAUGAGGAACCAGGACUCAUGCCUUUUUAUUUCACGACCUUCUUGCUUGGCUGGUUACGAGGGCGCUAUGUCGUUGGUGUAAUCGUUUCAGAUGCCUUCUUCAUCAUGGCCACCAGCCGAGUCUACAGCCGGUAUUCGACAUCACCCGCAUCGCUAAUUGACAGAAACAGUCUUAUCAGGACGGAUGUCAUGGAAAGAAUCCAUUUGCCGUCAUACCUACCAUUAGAGCAAGUGCUAACAAUGCUGGAGCUGCGUCAGAUCCUACGACACCCUUUUAUGUACCAAGAUGAAAUGGAUGUAAUCAUCAAAUGCUUUGGACUAAAAGGAGAAAAUGGAGAUUCUGGUUACCAAAUACCACCCCCCAUCAGCCGCAUUUUCAUCCGUCAGCUUGGCCCGAAGACACAAAUGGAACGACACCAAAAUAACUGGUUGCAGCAGAUGCUCGAUAUCCACUACACGAAAACGUUUCAAAAUUCGCUUUGCGAAUAUGGCGAAAGUCCUGUGGAUUCCGAAAAUCCGUCCAUAUUUUGUCACAACAUUAUCCGUUUGUGGAUAAAAGAGUUAUUGCGUGCCAUCCACAAGGAUCAGCGACCCAAAGACGACUGCAAAUUGAGCAACUUCUUCCGCAUGAACAUUGAAGAAUUUGUCCAAGGGUAUCUGUCGCUUUUUGGUUUGUCGCCGGAAUCUUGUUUCACAUGCCACAUUCUGGGACAAGAUGGCUUGCCGAUGUCUAUCUGCCAAACAUCAAUCUCCACUAAAGACAUUGGGAAGCACAUGGAAACGCAGCACACUAUCCCACUGUGGAGCCAAGGUCAUUUCAAACCCUUUUCGCUUGUUUUGGCAUCCAAAUUCGUUUCGUUGACUAAUCAAGCAGACGUUACUCCGCUGGAGCAGUGCAAGUCGACUGUGGCUGAUUUUCGUGGUACGUCCUACAUAGAACUGUUGCGGAAGAUAGAUGGUGCUAAUUCGUUGGCAUCUUGUGCCGCUGGCCCACCUCAUCGAUCCCCAGCUGUUAGUCAGCCUAGAGCAAAAAAACGGAAAAGACUUUCUCUCGAAGAACUAAUUGUCCGAAAAGUGAUGCAAGAACGCUUAAAUGAAAAUGAUCCUACUAUCUCAUUGCCACCUGACGUAACGUUGGUGUCUUCGCCUGCACGAAUAACUCGUUUAGCUGUCUGUUCUAGCUCCUAAAUCGUUUUGUCGUUAUAAUUGCAUUCACAGCGAAAUCCGGACAUGAAAUUUCUCGCCACCGUUCCCAUUGUGUUUCGAUUGUUUAAAUUUUUCUACUCGUAUAUUUCGGAGUCAAGGGAAAACGUCUUCUCUUACUGGACAUUUAAUAAUACAGGUUU